ACAUGCUAAAUUAAUUUCUUCUUCAUGGAAUGUCUUCGAACAUCCAAUCAGCAAGUAGUUAACAUACCUCAUACUCUCCAAUGUGCAGUGUUGUGCCCCUUGUAUUCAUAUCGGCAGAGUCAUCCAUUGAAUUUUAUAUUCCUUGGACUAUUCACACUUUGCCUGAGCAUAAGCGUUGGAAUUGCCUGUGCUAACACAAAAGGAAGAAUCAUGCUUGAGGCAUUGAUUUUAACAUCAAUUGUGGUUUCUACCUUGACUGGUUAUACUUUCUGGGCUGCAAAGAAGGGCAAGGACUUUAGCUAUCUUACACCCGUUCUAUUUGCAGGACUUACUGUCCUUAUCCUGACUAGUUUUAUCCAGGUUGGGAAUCUUCAAUACAUUCUGAUUAUCCUUCUCUUGGUGUUUGAUGAACUCCUGUACUCAUGUCAUUGUUCUCUUUAUCACUUCUCAUCUGCUCAAUUACACUUCUGAAGAGCUACAUGUGCCAACCUGGACCAUCUGAAGCACAUACGAGCCCGCAGCAGGUGGUCCAACCGUGUAGAUGAUCUGGUCUAAAGAUUGCCAAUGGGCUGCAUGCAACAUAUGCAUGUGGUCCAAAUGAUGAUUGAAUCAGCUUGAUUUCUUGGACAAGUCAUUUCAAUAGUGGGGCCCACCUGAUGUGUGGCUCAAGUGCAAGUCAUGUGUUUGGCAUCGUUUUGUGAGGCUUGUUUUAGUCUCUGAAAGUUAACACUUCUCCUUGGUGUGGAAAAGAAUUGCGAUUGUUUAUUGAG